CGUAUGUACAAUUGUGUGCGUGUUUUUCUACUCUGUUCUGCGUUCUUGUCCCUAUGUCGGGUGGCAUGAGUUACAGUCAGGUGUCCAAACAGCUUGUGACCUAUCACGGCGACUCAGACGAGGAGGACGCGAACUCGAAGGCAAAAUUCAGUGAUGACAGCGAACCGGACAAUUCCGAAGUCGCGUCGGCCAGCGCGAGUCCGAUUCUCUCGUCCGGAGGUCUCGUGCAAUUCCAACGCAGUUCGAGCGCAUCGACGUCAUUGCUGAGGAAUGUGCUCGUAAGGACCCGGAUACAGGCUGCUCCCGUUGUGUCAUUGGUCUCUUACGCGCGGGAGGGCGAUGAUUCAGGUAGUGAGAGUGAAGAUGAAAUGGCGGGAAAAGUGUCCAACGACCAUCCCACAAGUCACAUUCUCUAUCCAUUUCAAGAUGACAUCGAAGGUACAUCCCCAUUCAGUAGUGACUCUCCCCUCCCCCCAGGGGCACCAACCACCAACAUCCCGACAAAAUCCCACCGUCCACCUCGCGUGAACCUACCACCGGCUCCUUCCAGACAAUGCAAACCCGAGUUACAAUCCAAGAUAACUAAUUUAUUGAAAAAGCAAAGACAGAGAAACAUACGACUGAACGAGAGCGUACAGAAACGGAAAGACUUCCGCAAUCCAAGUCUUUAUGAAAAACUUGUCACUUUCCUUGGACUCGACGAGUUAGGCUCGAAUUUUGAGCAUCGCACAUUUGACGAGACAAAUUGGGGUUCGGAUUGUUAUUUUGAUGCUCUAGGACGCUUGCAGAAGGAGCAGUACGACAAGAAAGAGAAAGAGAAGGCCAAGAGAACACAAGUGGAUUUUGUGAGCGGAUCGGCGUUGAAACGGCCGGCAAUUGCUCCAGCAAUUGCAGCGGCUGUUGAUGCUGCUAAGAAGAGGAAGUCGAAGUGGGACAUGGGGAGUGUGGGGGCGGGGACUGCUGUCAAGGAGACUGGGAAAUCUGGUGGAGAUAACGGAGCGAACCCGUUAGAUGCGGCGAAGAAAGCGGCGAUGACCAUCGGGCUGAUGCAUCAACCUUUACGUAGAAAAUAGUCGAUAAUUCAUGGUUUGUUUGUUGAACACGUGUGUAUUCAUAUUCAACCAGUAUAUAUUAUUAAAUAUGUUUACUUACAUCCGGGUAUUUACAGCAACAUAUGGUCAGGUGUAUUGACCCUCACGUGACAAUUAAGUUACUGCAUCCGGGUAUUUAUAGUAUAACACUCACGUGACGUUUCUAAGUCCCGGAUAA